AUGAUGGCUGAAAUUGAAGUAAUCUGCACAGAGAACAUUAAGCCUUCUUCUCCAACCCCAGAUUUCCUUAGAAAAUACCAGCUUUCAUUUCUUGAUCAAAUAGCGCCUCCUGUUUUUGUGCCACUUGUUUAUUUCUAUCCAUCAGAUAGAAAAAUCACAAACGUGGAAAGAUUAAACCAUCUCCAGAAAUCUCUUUCAAAAACCUUGAACCGAUUUUAUCCUUUGGCUGGGCGUGUUGUGGACAAUCUGUACGUUGAUUGCAACGACGAGGGCAUUCCAUAUGUUCAAGCUAAAGCAAACCGUAAACUUUCAGAAGUUAUUUCCGAUCCAAUUCCUGGUGAAAUGAACAAAUUUCUUCCUUAUGAAUUGGUUGAUGUGAAAAAUCUUUGUUCAGCUGUGCAAAUUACACAGUUCAGUUGCGGUGGACUGGCUGUUGGAUUAACUAUUUCUCAUAAGAUUGCUGAUGCCUUGUCGUAUUUCUUGUUCGCAAAUAGUUGGGCAGCCAUGGCUAGGGAGGAAAAAGAAAUUUCGUACCCGAAGUUUGAAUCUGCCGCCAUUUUCCCACCUCGGGAUGUGGCUGGUUUUAAACCUAGUACUGGGAUAGUGAAAGAAGAUAUUGUGACCAAGAUUUUUACAUUUUCUUCCUCAAAGAUUUCGGCAAUUAGAGACAAAUAUGCUGAUACAAAUGGUGAGAAUUCUCGUCGUCCAACGAGGAUCGAGGCACUAUCUACGUACAUAUGGAGUCGUUUCAUAUGUUCCACACAAGCGAAACACGAUCCCAACAAGAUUCACACGGUACUUCAUGCAGUGAACCUGCGUACAAGGCUUGAUCCACCAUUAUCCGAACACUAUUUCGGAAACAUAAGCCGGCUAGCCAUCGCAAUACCAUCUGUGGAAGAUAGAGAGAGAGAGGGCUACGGAGUUCUCAACAAAGUACGAGAAGCCAUACACGGUAUUAAUGGCGAUUAUCUUGCGGAACUUCAGGAGGGUGACAAACACUUGAAAUUUAUUAAAGAAAGAGCUGCACAGGCUAAUAAAGGUGACCUUGUGACAUUUAAUUUCACAAGUUUGUGCAGGUUUCCUUUAUAUGAAGCUGAUUUUGGAUGGGGAAGGCCUGUUUGGGUGGGAUCAGCUAGCUUAACUUACAAGAAUCUUGUUACUUUCAUGGACACAAAAUCUGGUGAUGGAAUUGAGGCAUGGAUUAAUUUGAAGAAAGAAGACAUGGUUAAAUUUGAAGCUGAUAUGGAGUUGAAUGCGUUUCUUGGCUCAAGCCCUGCAGAUAAAACUUUUGGAUUUCAGAAUUUAGAACUUUAA